AUGGCUCUAAUUUGGCUGAUAUUGCUGUUCUCAGCUCAUCUGGCUGAAUGUGUGCCAGAGAAACCAAAAAGAUCAGCUCUGAACCAGCUGACCAGGACCCUCCUCAGGAAAUAUGACUGUGGAGUUCGACCCGUUCACAACUGGACCAGUCUGACCACCAUCUACAUAGACCUCAUACUGCAGUCUGUCCUUGAUGUGGAUGGAAAGACUCAGAGCAUCACUACCAGUAUCUGGUACAGACAGGUCUGGACAGACGAGUUCCUGGUUUGGGAUCCUGAAGAGUUUGAUGGCAUCACUGAGAUCUCUCUGUCAUCUGAUGCCAUCUGGAUACCUGAUGUCAUCGUCAGUGAAUUUGUGGAUGAAGGGAAGUCCCCCCCGAUCCCCUACAUUUACGUCAACUCCUCUGGAUCGGUGAAGAACAACCGGCCCAUGCAGGUGGUGUUGGCCUGCAGCCUGGAGAUGUACGCCUUUCCCUUUGACAAGCAGAACUGCAGCCUCACUUUUCGCAGCUGGCUUCACUCAGUGAAGGAAAUAGACUUGGCUCUGUUGAGAAGCGCGGAGGCCAUCGCUGAUGAUCAAAAGGAGUUCAUGAAUGAUGGAGAAUGGGAGCUAUUGUCAGUCCCUUCCCGCUACUGGCAAAUCCACCAGGAUGACACUGAUUAUGCACAAAUCCAGUUCAACGUGUUGAUCCGUCGGCGCCCCCUGCUGUAUGUGGUGGGUCUCCUCAUCCCCAGCAUCUUCCUCAUGCUGGUGGAUGUCAUCAGUUUCUACCUCCCUCUAGACAGCGGUACACGCAUUGCCUUUAAGAUCAGCAUCCUGCUGGGCUACACGGUCUUCAGAGUGAACCUGACCGAUGAGCUUCCCUCCACUGCAGUCAGGACUCCACUCAUAGGUGUGUUUUUUGCCGUGUGUAUGGCUCUCCUGAUGCUUAGCCUGAUUAAGUCCAUACUGGUGGUGAAGCUGCUCCAUCACAGCGAGAAGGAGGUCAAACAGUUCUCAGUAUCGGCCUGCCUGCUGGACAAAUACGGCUCUGCUGGUCAGGAGUUCACUGAAAGUGCUUUAACCUCUCUGAAAACCCUGGAAUUCAUCGACCCGUCUGAAGAUUACGAGCUCGAGCCCUCACUAGAAGAGGACCUGCUGUCCCUGAAUGAGGUCCAACAUGCUCCUUCUGCUCUUGAGUGGCUUCUCCAGGAGCUCGUCUCCCUCCGCCUGGCCUUCUCAGAGGAAGACGGCGAGUCAUCAGCACAGGCUGACUGGCUGGCUCUGUGCUCUAAACUCGACCUUUUCCUAUUCCGCUUUUACCUGUUUGUUCUGGUCCUGUAUGCCAGCACUCUGCUGCUGCUCUGGGCCAGCUGGAGCUUUGCCUGAAUAAGACAUUUGAAGCAUAAUGUGAUGUGUUUUUUUACUCUGUAGCUGAAAGCGCCUCUAACAUAGAGCUCCAGAGAAACAAUUAGAGACCACUGACAAAAUGUAUUUCUCUUUUUUCCUCUGGACUCCUCCCAUGUCACCUCAAAUAUUACCUCAAUAUUUCAGUUUUCAAAAUCAGAGAAAUUGGAGCUAUCCUAACACAUGACUUGUUUAUUGUUGUGCUGCUUAUUUGUGAUGACUGCCAUCGGUUGUGAGUGCAAAUC